CUCUGCGGCUUGCCCACCUCUAAAUACUUGUAUAUUUAAGCGGCGGCGGCGGGGAGAAGCAGUGGAUCGUCUCUGGAAAGGCGAGCGGGUGCCGGCGACUCCGGGUUCGUCUCAAGCAGAGCGUCCUUGGGGCUUUCUGGAAGGCAGGCUUGAAGAUCUUUGAACUCUGCUGGCAGAGCGGAAGAAUAAAUCAUGUUUCAUGCACAUCUGGAACGGAGCAAUGCCAAACCUCUUCCCGUGGUCAUUAUAGGAAAUGGUCCCUCAGGAAUCUGCUUGUCCUAUCUCUUGUCCGGCAACAUUCCCUAUGUCCGAAGGAAUUCCGUUCAUCCUAAUCCGAUUUUGCAAAGAAAAUUAGAAGAGAUCCCCGAGGUUCCCAUCAUAGAUCAGGAUCUGGAGUAUCUCUCUGAAGGUUUAGAGGGUCGAUCUUCCAGUCCAGUGGCUCUCCUUUUUGACGCCCUUCUGCGUCCGGAUACGGACUUUGGUGGGACAGCUGAUUCUGUCCUCACUUGGUGGCAUGAACCUGACCGAGUGAUCCCUCAUCUGGUUCUUGGCAAAACCCUGCCUGGAGGAGCUUGGCAUUCUAUUGAAGGAUCCAUGUUCACCCUGAGCCAAGGAGAUUGGAUGGGGCUUCCUGAUGUUCCAUUCAAGGAAUGGUUGAGCAAGAAGAAAAGAGGCUUCAGAAACAACAGGGCAACUGCUGGUGACAUAGUCCAAUACUAUCAAUAUUAUGUGGACAAGAAAGGGCUGAAGAAGAACUUUGUCUGUGGAACUUUGGUGACAUCUGUGAAAAAACUGAACUUGAAUUCAGAAGAGAGUUAUGGCGGUCAAGAUUCCAAGGACAGCAGCUCCGUGUGGGAAGAAAACAGAGACAGUGUCUUUCAGGUUGAUGGGUUUGUCACCAACAUCUCUGGCACCCAUCCCUUCUCAGUUUACGCAGAAAAUGUGGUCUUGGCCACGGGGACCUAUGAUAGCCCAACCCGGCUUGGGAUCCAAGGCGAGAAUCUCCCUUUCAUCCAUCACACGCUGUCAGCUCUUGAAGAAGCCGUCAAGAACAAGGAGGUCGGGAUCAUGUCUGACCCAAUCUUGAUCGUAGGAGCUGGCUUAACGGCUGCCGAUGCAGUCCUCUUUGCCCACCAUUAUAACAUUCCUGUGAUCCAUGUUUUUCGUCGGCGAGUAAAUGACCCAGCCCUCAUCUUCAAUCAGCUCCCCAAAACAAUGUACCCAGAGUACCACAAAGUCCACCAGAUGAUGAGGGAGCAGGCCAACCCUUACCCAGGACCAUAUGAACAUUACGUCAGCCUUCCUGAGCAUCAUGUCGUCUGCAUUUCGGAGGACCAGAAGUGCAUCUUUGCGGACAAGAACGGCCGUCAAAAAAUACACCCAAUCUCCAUGGCUUUUGUCCUCAUUGGCUCCAACCCCAACCUCUCCUACUUACCCAACAAUGGGAUGGACUUGGCUGUUGACUGCGAGCAACCGGUCAGUUCCAAGAGGAACCCAGUAGAUAUUGAUCCCUUCACGUAUGAGUCCGUUCACGAGAAGGGACUCUACGCUCUAGGGCCAUUAGCUGGGGACAACUUUGUGAGGUUUGUGCAAGGUGGUGCAUUGGCCAUCGCUAGCUCUCUGCUGAAGAAGAACAAAAAUCCUCCUUAAUGCUGGUGAAUGUAACCUCUCCUCUGAAGGAUGACUCUUAGCCAACUUUUUGAGAGUGGGCAUUGGCUGUGUAGCUGUGUAUGAUAUGAAGUCUGUCCCUGAAAGCCUUCAAAAUGGGCUGGGCUAGGCCAAGUUUCCAGUCCAAAGAAGAUAAUGGCAGGAUCCUUGCAGAUUGUUUGACUUCUUAAUCCCUCUACCUCUGAGAGGAAGAGAUGGGUUAGGAAAGCUUGACUAGAUCCCGUGCUGCAAAUCAGUUAAAUCUGAAGCAAGUUAUCUGUCUGUGGGAUAACCUGAGGAUCUCCGUCCACAUAUUCUGAAUGGCAGUGAAAGCAUUGUUUGCAUCCAAAAUAAUCCUUUUGACUCAUGUAAUGUUGGGUGGUGGCUUUCCAUUAAAUUAUGCACCACAUUUUGAGACUGUCAAAAUGAAUCAAAACAGAUUUUCAGUAGAUCCAUGAACGCAGCAAAGAGUUGGAAGAUCUCUAGUUCUCCCAGUGUCAGGGUUCCAAGUAACACCCCCAAUGAAAGAAAACUCUGAGGCUUGAGUUUCCUCAAAGUUUCAUUUUAUUAGAGAUGUCAUGUCAGCACAUCUGGGAAAACCCGAAUCUGAAAGUUUCCACGUUUUUCCCACCCAAAGAAAAGUUCAAGUCCCUGCCCAACACUCACAAGUCCAUCACAUGGUCCAAUCAAAGCCUGUCCUAACUGGGGAUGCCUCCCAGCCACACCCCUCCAGGUGCUCCAGGUGCAAGGCAAGAUGUCCUUGACUCUCUGAGAAAGGAAUGUUAUUAUGACUAUAUAUCACCCUGGCUCCAUACAAUCCCCUCUCCCAGUUUCCCACAGUAGUAGUAAAUGUGUCAGGCCUGAUGAUCCAAUGCAAAAGAUGUUUUUCAGGCCUAACACUGUUAUAGACUUAUAACAGCUCUCCAGAUAUGCAGAAUUCUUCAGACAUCAUGGUUCUUGCUGAGAUCUGAAAGAUGCCAGGUUCCGGGGGGCGGGGGGGGGGAGGUAGUCUAGGACAGGGGUGUCAAACUCACAGCCUGCAGGCCGGAUUCUUCACGCGCUGGUCACCCCUACCCCUGUUUUAGUGAAGGGGAAAAAAGUCAUGAUACAUCAACUGACGACAUGAGUUUCACACCCCUGGUCUAGUAGAAUUUAAACUUGCAUUAGCAAAAAGUCUGGGAUUAUGGUUGGACUAACCAUUGUGCGAUUGUUAUAAUGAAAAGUGAAACCCAACUGACCACAGUCUCUUCCUCUUCUUGGAAGCGAAGUUCAAACAUGUAACCCUGCAAAUCAAUUUUGGAUGCUGCCACUCAGAAUCUCAGGAUUUUCUUUAAUGUUUCCCUAGGCAGCGUUGCUGAGAAUGUUGGAUUUUGUCUGUAAAGUUAAACAUGCUACUAAUUUGUAAGCAAAUUUUGUAAAAUAAUAGGGGUUUUUUUUUCUAAAAAAAAUUACAGAACAUAUAUUUUGUAUAUAGCUAUUUUUAAAUUAAAAAAAAACUGAUUUCUA